AUGACUGCUAAUUUCGCACACGAUGCUGAGGUGAACCAGUUCAUCCGACGGGUGUUCAUUAUUCCGACUUUGCGACGGUGCCGAGAACACGGGAACCACCCGGAGUUAGCGAUCGUGAUCCCGCUGCGCAACGGCCAGUCGAUGGUUUACCGGAUCGCCGAGAACCGGCGGCGGUAUUACUUGAGCGUGCAGCGAUUCGAUCUGCGCACGCACAUCCUGCCCAGUCGGCCCAGUCCGUCCGACGGCAGUAGACGACCUAUGUGGGUAGCCGAUAUCGACGACGACAGGAUCCGUCUCAUGCUGGCGGCAAGGGUCGAGUCUUCUUUGCGGGCGAUCGAACAAUCCGACGCGGCGUGUAGCUUGGCCUGGGUUCUUCACUUUAUCGACGGUCUCAGGCACACCGAAUUCCGGGCCAUCCAGGGCCGCUUGCGGACGUUGAGGCGCACGCUCCUUCUUCUAGCUUACUUCAUCAUCCAAUCGGCUUUGCAUGAUCUUUAA